CCUUCACAAUCCUCAUCACCUCUCUCUCUCUCUCUCUCACUCUCUCCAACAUGGGUGAAGAAGAUGUCCCUCAAAGGAGCGAGAAUAGAUUCAAUUUCAAGCCACAACGGCCACAACAGAGGGCUUCAGUGGAUGAUGUUGGGUUGCGGAUUCUAAUAGAGAUUUCACAAGGCAAAUCCAACUUUAAUAUUGUUGUUAAAAAACUCACUCUAAAGCUAAAGACCAAACCCACUUUCCCUAGGAAUCGAAUCCACACUCAUCAUCCCAUGAGUUUCUCCCACGAAUCUAAUUCAUUUCUCAAGUCCUGUUUUCUCUGCACCAAAGAGUUAAGCCUUGACAGAGAUGUGUACAUGUACAAAGGGGAUCAAGGAUUUUGCAGCGUGGAAUGCAGGGACAGGCAAAUAUAUUUGGAUGAAAUUAAGGAAAUGGAAGAAUCCACCAAGAAAAUGGUAGCGAACUACCGGCAAUGUCGCCGGACAAGUGACCGGCAGGAGUCCCGUGCCCUGUUGGAGCAAUUCCGGCAGCGGCAUAAGCCGUUGCCAGGUCCGAAGGAUCGAUCGAUAGUACUCUUUACAUAGCAAUUUUGUUUCCUCUGUGUAACUCGUUUGAUUACAGUAUUUUUGUUCUACUACUAGAUCUGAAAUUGGAUAAUUAAUAGUAUUGUAAAUUUGUAAAGCAAGGCAAAAGAGAGUGAGUGAGUGAGUGAGUGCACAGUUGGGAAUCCAGAUGUGGUCAUGUAGUCAUCCAUGACAAUAACAUGAUUGAGAUAAUAUCAAGGCUUCUUUUUCAUUCCAAA